AAUGCAAGAGUUGUGUUGACGACAUGGCACAAAUUCCGGUUUUUUUGGCCUCGCUGUGAUGAAAUCUGCGCUAAUCGUUAAGCAUACAACAGCUAAUCAACAUAUGAUGCAAAUUAAGCGUCUGCUAUGCAAAUCCUGCACCCUCGGCACGCUGCUCAUUGCGGGCGUGUGGAUGCUGGCGCUGUUGGCCUACAUGCACCAUCUGCGUGGUUCCAUUCCGGCGGCUGGCUGGCGCUUUAAUAACUCUGCAACGCCCCGUGCGGAGCUAAGCUAUCAGGCACAGGUAACCGUUGGCUGUUCGCCCACCUCGCUAAACACCACACACGCUGCGUCAGCGGGGGCGGCGGCGCAGGAUCAGUUCGAGCUGCUGGGCGUGGUGCGUAACAAGCAGGACAAGUACAUACGCGACAUUGGCUACAAACAUCAUGCGUUCAAUGCACUUGUAUCGAAUAACAUUGGUCUCUACCGGGAUAUACCUGAUACACGGCACAAGGUGUGCAAGCGCGAGGAACCGUUGGAGCCGGAACAGCUGCCACAGGCGUCGGUUAUUAUGUGCUUCUACAACGAACACAAAAUGACGCUGAUGCGUUCCAUUAAAACCGUGCUGGAGCGUACGCCGGGCCAUCUGCUAAAGGAGAUCAUUCUGGUGGACGACAACAGCGAUUUGCCGGAGCUGGAAUUUCAUCUGUUGGCGGAUCUGCACGCUCGUCUCAAGUACGACAAUCUGCGCUAUGUGCGCAAUGAUCGGCGCGAGGGUCUGAUCCGCUCCCGCGUUAUUGGUGCACGCGAUGCCAACGGCGAUGUUUUGGUUUUUCUGGACUCGCACAUCGAGGUGAAUCGCCAAUGGCUGGAGCCACUUCUGCGUUUGGUUCACGCAGAGAAUGCGACGCUGGCGGUGCCCGUGAUCGAUCUCAUCAAUGCGGACACAUUUGAAUACACUCCCAGUCCGCUGGUUCGCGGCGGCUUUAACUGGGGGCUGCACUUUCGCUGGGAAAAUCUGCCCGAGGGCACGCUGAAGGUGCCCGAGGAUUUCAAGGGUCCCUUUCGAUCGCCCACCAUGGCGGGCGGACUGUUCGCAGUGAAUCGCUUGUAUUUCCAGCACAUUGGCGAAUACGACAUGGCCAUGGAUAUCUGGGGCGGCGAGAACAUUGAGAUCUCGUUUCGCGUCUGGCAAUGUGGCGGCGCCAUUAAGAUUGUGCCCUGCUCCCGUGUUGGUCACAUAUUCCGGAAGCGACGUCCCUAUACGGCGCCCGAUGGUGCUAAUACCAUGUUGAAAAAUUCGCUGCGUUUGGCCCAUGUCUGGAUGGACAAGUACAAGGAUUACUAUCUGAAGCAUGAGAAGGUGCCGAAGGAUUAUGACUUUGGUGACAUCAGUGCGCGGCUGCAGCUGCGCGAGCGUCUGCAUUGCAAGGACUUCGACUGGUAUCUGAAGCAUGUCUAUCCUGAGCUGCGUGUGCCCGGCGACGAGUCCAAAAAGCCAGCUGUGGCGCCUGUUUUUCAGCCCUGGCAUUCGCGCAAACGCAACUACCUGGACUCGUUCCAGCUGCGCCUGUCCGGCACCCAGCUGUGCGCCGCCGUGGUGGCGCCCAAGGUGAAGGGCUUCUGGAAAAAAGGCAGCUCGUUGACUCUGCAAAACUGCCGAACGCGUGCACCCAACCAGAUGUGGUAUGAGACGGAAAAAUCGGAGAUCAUACUGGACAAGCUGCUGUGCCUUGAGGCGGCAGCGGAUACGCUGGUCAUCAUCAACAAAUGCCACGAAAUGCUGGGCGAUCAGCAGUGGCGACACACGCGCAAUGCCAACAGUCCCGUCUACAACAUGGCCAAGGGCACCUGUCUGCGCGCCGAUGCUGCCAAGGAGGGCGCCACCAUCAGCCUGGAUCUGUGCUCCAAGGCGGACGGCGUGGGCGGCGCCUGGGACAUUGUGCUACUAAAGCAGGAGCAGCAGCAGCAGCAGCCAAAGCCGGACAAGCAGCUGUGAACGGCGCAGUCGGUCCGUCAUGCAAUAAUUAGACUGAUGUUAGUCUCUAAGUAUAAGCUGUUUUCAAUGCUGUAUUAAGUUUCGAAUAGUCAGUAUUUUUGCACAAAAGGUUAUUUUUUAACAAUCAAUGACAAUGGUGAAUGCUAUAAUUCAAGAAAAAUCAAAUCCAUUAAUUCAAAGUAUUCAUAUGUAAACGUACGAUUAAAAUGUUUUGUAGAAAGUAUAUAUAAAUCACGAUUCUAUUAAAAUAUCUCAAAU